CCCUGCGGUCGUUAACGGACGGAGGAGCGCGCGGUGACGCUGCGGAAAAUGUUGUCCUUCCUCGCCCGGGCUGCCGUUGCUGCUGCCGCCCGGCCGCUCCGCUCGCCCGUCUGCUCGCCGCUGUGGAGCGGCGCGGCCGCCGCCACCGCGGCGCGGGCUCUGCUCGCCAGCCCGCCACUGCCCGCAGUGCUGCCCCUGGCGGGCCUGAAAACGAAGACGUCGCUGAAGAAGCGCUGCAAGGACUGCUUCAUCGUGCGCCGCCGGGGCCGCCUCUACGUGUGCUGCAAGACCAACCCCCGCCAUAAGCAGCGGAAGUUGUAGCGCCGCGCCUGUCCCGCCUCUAGAACCGCCUCUGGUGCCUGGAGCUCUCUGUCGAAACGUGAAGCUCCUGCGAUAGUCUUGAAAGAAAAAUAAAUAAAUAAACUCGGGUUUUGUA